AGAGCACCGGGCACAUUCGCCGACAGCUUCAGCCGACCGACGUGUUCGCGUCAGGUGCGUGCUCGCCUGGCGACGCACGCACCCGCUGCCCAAGACGGCACACUCGACGUGGGGCUCCCCUCUUACCGGAGAGGAGGAGGAGGAUCUCGCCAUGGAAGCCCUCAAGCACCUGAUUAACAACGUGCCAGACUGGCUGAAGAAGCUCGACGAGCUCAACGGCCAGAUCGAGCAGCGCCAGAUCGAGCUGGCCAGACUGACGGAGGAGAACAACAAGACAAACUCUCCAGACGGCCCCUCGUCGUCUGGCGGCCCGAAGUCGGUGCGAAAUAGAGGCUCGACCGAGUCACUCAGGCCGCGCGAUGAGCCCGCAGCACACCCUGCCGACUCGCGACCGCAGCCCGGUGCCGGGGAAGCCGCCGGGACGCCGGCGGCGGCAAACGACGGCAACGAGCAGCCAGCCCCUUCCAGCCCGUCCGAGUCGCAGUCGCCAUCCGAAAUCCAACGGCAGACGAGCCAGGUGCGCGCCGCCGGCCAGGCACGCGCACGCGCGAUGCUCCGCAAACGGCAACGUACCGAUUCCGUCAUCAGCGCCGAGGGCGCAACACCCAAGUACCGAUCCCGCAGCAUGAUUAUCGUCUACUACGACAGUUACGUGCAGCUGUUCUUUGAGGAGCUGGUCAAGUUCGUCAGUGGGGGACGCAACAUGAUGCGCAAGGCUAAGAUGGCGGCCAAGGUGGCCCAGAUCAAGCGUCUAGCCGAGCUCGAGACGCCCGACGAGCAGGAUGACGCGCCCUCUACCACUACGACGACAACGACAACGACAGCGGCAGCGGUGCCGCCGCUGCCGACGACGACGACGACGACAGCAACAGGAAUUAUAGAAGUCGACAACCCGAUCACUCCCGCCCCCGCAGAGCCAGCCCCAUCCUCCCAACCCAUCGAGGCGGCCGAAGAGAACAAGCCAGCCAUGCACUAUGUCAGCACGCGCCGCAUGGGCGCCGGCCCGGGCGGCCGGGCGAUGCGAGCCAACAUGUACGGGCGGGUGGGCGCUGGCGGCCGGGUGAUGCGCGCCGGCGCUGGUCCCGCCCCCAUGCUCGGGGCAGACGGCAAGGACGCGGCGCCGGACGUCUACGACGAGCUGGACAAAGGAUUGGAAUACGUACAGAGCAUGUGCGAGCACGCGGCGCACCAGUUCCUGCGCGACGGUGAGUGCGGUGAGGAGGUGGCCAACAUCAAGCGCCGGCUGGCCGAGACCAAGGAGCUUGCCGACAAGGAGAUGGAGCGCAUCCGGCGCGAGGAGCCCGAGGCGCUGUUGAAGCACGGCGAGAAUGAUGCCACCCAUGGCAGGAGCUAUCGACCGCAGUCCAUGCGCAAGGCUGCUGGUAAGCCGUCUAGUUCAGCGGCCGGGGCCGGGCCUGAGGCCGGGGCUGCGCCGUCGCUGGCACCCGCUCCCGUGCUGGUCCCGGCUGAACCGACGGGCCCGCUGGAGGUAGAUGAAGGAGUCGAUGACGUGGAUAAGGAAGAAGCGCCCAAGUUGGUGUGGAGGAGCACGCGGAUGAUGCGUUGAUGUGUUGAGGGGCUUUGAGGAGGAGGGGUGGGGUUGUGUUCGCAGGAGCGGAGAGUUUCCCUUCUGGGGAGAUUAUGCCGGCGGCCGUGGACGAUGCGGGUGUUUCC